AUAGCACGAUGUCAUGUCCACCCUAAAAUAAAAAUUAUAGUAAGAAAAAUAACAAUAUUGAUUAAGAAAAAAAUCUCAUUCGUAUGGCUGCCGCGUCUCCAGUUUCUUCUCCCACGUUCUGCCUCGCCGGCCGAGUCGCCAUAGUCACGGGAUCGUCUCGAGGUAUAGGCAGUGCCAUAGCUCUCCAUCUUGCGGAGCUUGGGGCUAAGAUCGUCGUUAAUUACUCCACUAACUCCGUCGAGGCCGAUAAAGUUGCAAUGGCCAUUACAACCAACCUUCCCAAGAACCACGAUUCAGAGGACGUCGCGGGUAAAAGUCCACGUGUUAUUGUGGUGAAGGCCGAUAUCUCCGACCCGAACCAGGUGAAGUCACUUUUCGACGAGGCAGAGCGAGUCUUCGAUUCACCGGUUCAUAUCUUGGUUAACUCAGCGGCUAUAGCCGAUCCUGACCAUUCCACUAUCUCCGACACAUCAGUAGAACUUUUUGAUCGCAUUAUAAGUGUCAACACAAGAGGAGCGUUUCUUUGCGCUAGAGAAGCUGCGAACAGGCUAAAACGUGGAGGCGGUGGCCGGAUAAUCCUCCUCUCAACUUCACUGGUCCAAUCCUUAAAUCCACACUACGGCUCAUACACGGCUUCAAAGGGAGCAGUAGAAGUCAUGGCCAAGAUUCUUGCAAAAGAGCUCAAAGGAACAGAUAUCACAGUAAACUGUGUUUCUCCUGGACCUGUCGCCACAGAUAUGUUUUUUACAGGGCUGAGCAAUGAUAUUGUUGAGAAAGUAAAGUCGCAAAACUUAUUUGGUAGGAUCGGUGAAACUAAAGACAUUGCACCUGUUGUUGGGUUCUUAGCCAGUGACGCUGGUGAAUGGAUCAACGGUCAAGUCAUUAUUGCUAAUGGUGGUUCUCUCUUGUAAAAACAUUUCCCAGUCCAAAUAUAUCAAAAUUUUAAAAUAA